GUCUCCCCUGUGGGUGCAAAGUUCCAAGGACUUGGACCAUCCUUUGCUGCUUUCCAAGGCCAUUAGUAGGGAGCUGGAAUGAAAGAGAAGCAGCCAGAAUUCAAACAGGAGCUCAUAUGGGGUGCUGGUGCCACAGGCAACAACUUUGCCCACACAGCAAAGCGCCAGCCCCGAGGAGGUCAUUUCUGAAGCAGUCUGGACUAGGUCUUUCUGCUCCUAGGACAGAAGGGUGGCGGUCACUUUUCCUCCAGCAGACAAGCUCCAGGGCCUUAUCUCAUCCUCUUCAGAGAGCCAUGUCACUCCAGACCCGGACUUUUAUUUGGGCUGUUUCCUCCCUGAGGACACCAGGUCUUGGAACAAGCGCACUCGGCAGGCCCUGACCAUGGCACUCUUACUCAUCCUCCUUCUGUUUCUUCAUUGGUGCUCGCGAGCUGCUGCAGACAACAUCCGGGAGAUCUACGUGUCCACGGGGGAGGCUUUGGAGCUGUCAUGCCCUUUGCCACCCACCCUACAGGGGGACGAGGUCCUGUCUUGGUUCCAUAGCGCUGCCACGGGCUCUUCCACCACCAUGGUGACUCAAGUCCAAGUAGCCAAGUCCAUCCCAGACCUCGGAAAAACUAUAAAGGACUCCAGGCCCAAGCUGCUGGGAAAUUAUUCUUUAUGGCUGGAGGAGUCCAAAGAGAGAGACGCUGGGAGGUACUGGUGUGCUGUGCUGGGUCAGCGCUACAAGUACCAGAACUGGAGGGUGUAUGAUGUCUCCCUGCUCCAAGGAUCCCAGUUGUCUGCAAGGACCACAAAUGGGUCUUCCUGCACAGUCCUCCUCUGUUCCAUGCUGCCCGCCAGACGCCUGGACUUCGUGACCUGGCUGGAGGGAAAGGGUCCCGUGAGGGGUCGUGUCCAGUCCUUCUGGAGCAAUGGGGCUGCACUGUUACUAGUGUGUCCUGGGGAAGGGCUUCCUGAGUCCAAGGGCCGUAGACCAAGAACCAUCCGUUGUCUCAUAUCUCAAAACAAUGCAGUCAACUUUAACCUGCCAGCCCUCGUAGAUGCCUCUUCUGCCCACUGUGCCGCUACUGUGGGUUGGGAUGUGACCUGGAUCCUCUUGCUGCUGCUUGUUGCUGGCCAGGGCCUCACCAUCCUGGCCCUCAGCGUCAUGUUGUGGAGGCAGAGGCUUCGGGCAGCUCCGUGCAGAGAUGCCCCGAUUCCUCACUUCAAACCCGAGAUCCAGGUCUAUGAGAACAUCCAUCUGUCCCGUCUCAGUCCGCCGGUCCACAAGAUCAAGUGACGCUCAAUGACACCUGCUAUGGAGAGUCACCAGCUAUCUCCCAGAAAACCUUGCAGGGAGGCUGCAGCAACUAACAAUGCCACCUCUUGCUCUCCAGCUGGCCUCCGGCAGCCCCCAAGCUGUGGGUCCAAUGGGGGUGAAGGAAAGGAGGAAUUUAUUCUAUGAUGCUAUCUAAAGAGUGUGCUCUCCUGCAUCUGCCAGUUUUGGCGGGGUGGGGUGCUGAGCCCAGAGUACUGUGGGAUUAAGGGGAGGCUAGGACAGCUGGUGAGGAUGAGGAGGGUAGGAGUGGGCAGGGAAGAGACAGAGGAAUCCAGACUGGAACAAUGGUGGGGAAUUGGUGUCAAGGGAAUCUGAGAACAAAUAGGGGCUCUGAAGAAGAGCGAAGAGACUGGGUGAGAGAAAGAAAAUGGAGCAAAGUGAGACUGAGGGACAGAGAAAGAUGGAUCAGCCAGAUGCCCUGCCUCCUCACCACUCGUUUCACCCACAGAGAGAGGAAAGCGGGGCUUCCUGGGUGGAGGGGAGGGCACUCAGCGGGGCUGGGCUCCCUGCCUGACCCCAUGCUUAUCCCAGGCACUCACGCUCUUCCUGUGGUGCUCUGCUGUGGCAACUGUCCAUCUGGCUAUCUGGCUAUCCGUAGGGUGCAAAUAACUUAUUGCCUCUCGGACUCCCCAGGAGCACCCAGCUUAACCUCCCCAGCAGAGGGUGUGGCUCCAGGGGCUGGCUGUGGGAUUUCUGAGGAAGGGCUUGUUACACUGAGCUCUACAGGAAGAGUGGCCCAAGUUUCCCAAGGUGACCAUCCCCCAAGCCCAGACAGAAAUGAGAGGGCCUCCCAGCCACCCCCUCGUGAGUAACUCGCCCAGGUGCCCCAAUGUGUGGAAACUCAAGCUCGGGCCUCACUGGAGAGAAGCUUUCUCCUAAUUCCCCGGAACUGCAGCUGCUUGAGCUAUGAUGCAGCUAUUAACACCGAUGGAGAAUGAGGGGAAGGUGACCAUCUGGCUCUGGGUCCAGCAUCUCAGCCUGACAGACCAAGCAGCUGUGGUUUGCUCGUAGGAUGUAGGUGUGCACACAUAUCCAAAGUGCACACAUUAGGCAUGGCCAGGUGCCCAGGGAACCCUUUUCAGAAGCGUACCCUUGGUAGUUCUCUACCCUCUCCUUCCUUAGCACACCACCUCCCACACCAAUCUUUCCUAGGGAGACUUUCCUCCCCAAGCUCCUUCAGUUCCAUUUCCUGGAACCAAACCCACAGCUCCAUCAAAAUGCCUGCCUUGUGGUCUACACAGUGGCUUAACAGGCUAAUCCUCCACCUGCAAGGGUUGGGAUCCCACAUAGACACCGAUUUGUGUCCCGGCUGUUCCACUUCCCAUCCAGUUCCCUGCUUGUGCCCUGGAAAGUAGCGGAGGAUGACCAGAGAACUUGGGAUCCUGUACUCAUGUUGGAGACCUGAAAGAGGCUUCUGGCUCCUGGCUUCGGAUCGGCUCAGCUCCAGCUAUGGCAGCCAGUUAGGGAGUGAACCAGUGGAAUGAAAGAUCUUUCUCUGUCUCUCCUUUUCCCUGUACAUCUCUCUUUCAAAUAAAAAAAGAAAU